AUGCGUCCCGACUUCUGGUGGAACGGCUCGGCGGAUGUACCGGAUUCGUUCCUGCCUCAGCAUGCUAAUGUUCAUCACGACGAACUGAUCAAGGGCAACACGUUCGGAGGCACCGCUUUUGCGAGCUACGGCUGCUUCUGGAUGGGCUGGUUCCUGCUCGAGUAUCUUUCGUACGGCAAUAAGGCCGGAUAUCCGGCGGCUCGAACCGGCAAGACCCUCUGGUGUGCACUGUGGGCUGUCCUCACGGCCGGGUUUUUUGUGGUAACCUGCCGCAAGAAUGGUUGCCUGAUGACCAUCUUCUCAACCCUGGUCAUCACCUUCUCGCUGCUGGCUGGCGGAGUGUGGAACGAGAACUGCGAGCAGGCCGCUGGCUACUUUGGCUUCUUUUGCGGUGCAUCCGCCAUCUACGCCGCAUUCGUUUUCCUGUACAAAGAGGAAUUGGGCAUUUCAUUGCCUGGCGUGCGCCCUGUGGCCUUCAUUUGA